AUAUCGCAGUGCUGCGAAGAGUUGAAAAUGUGCGCAUGGAUAUCUGCAGGAUACAUGUCCAUGCUGGAACAAUUUGAGUGAUCUGGGAUGAUGGAAUAGUCUCUACUAUAUCCAGAGCCUUCUUUUUUAUGCCUUCGAUUUGACAUCGGCGAGCGGUGGCGAUGAGCGGUUAAUAUUUGGUGUAUCGUCUAUGCAAGGAUGGCGAAUUAGCAUGGAGGAUGCCCACGCAGCUGUCCUCGAUUUGCAGUCUGCUUCCGAAGAUGGCAAGGAGACGAAGCCAGCUAGUGGAGAGACGAGACUUUCAUUCUUCGGAGUGUAUGACGGUCAUGGAGGAGAUAAGGUUGCCCAGUUUGCGGGAGAGAAUAUCCACCAGAUCAUCGCGAAGCAGGAUGCUUUCAAGAAAGGAGAUAUCGAACAAGCCUUGAAGGAUGGUUUCCUGGCCACAGACAGAGCAAUCCUGAACGACCCACGGUACGAGGAAGAAGUUUCCGGGUGCACCGCUUCAGUUGGAAUUGUCUCUGCAAAGAAGAUAUACGUGGGCAAUGCUGGAGAUUCUCGAAGUGUUCUUGGUGUGAAGGGAAGAGCUAAGCCUUUGUCUUUUGACCACAAGCCGCAGAACGAAGGCGAGAAAGCAAGAAUUACUGCUGCCGGUGGUUUCGUGGACUUCGGUCGAGUGAACGGCAAUCUGGCAUUGUCUAGAGCCAUUGGUGAUUUUGAGUUCAAGAAGAGCGCUGAACUAGCACCUGAACAGCAAAUCGUCACCGCUUUCCCAGAUGUUACUGUGCAUGAAAUCUCUGACGACGACGAAUUCUUAGUUGUUGCUUGUGAUGGAAUCUGGGAUUGCCAAUCUUCACAAGCAGUCGUUGAAUUUGUUCGCAGAGGAAUUGCAGCAAAGCAGGAGCUCUCUAAGAUCUGCGAGAACAUGAUGGACAACUGUCUUGCAUCAAACUCCGAGACUGGUGGUGUCGGUUGUGAUAAUAUGACCAUGAUUGUUAUUGGACUCCUCAGAGGAAAGACCAAGGAACAAUGGUAUGAGGAGAUCGGAAAGCGUGUCGCGAAUGGAGAUGGCCCUUGUGCUCCUCCAGAGUAUGCUGAAUUUCGCGGUCCUGGUGUGCACCACAACUUCGAUGAUAGCGAUAGUGGCUACGAUGUCGACAUGGAUCAGAAGUCGAAGGGAUUUGGAAGCAACCAACGAGGCCGCAUCAUUCUCCUGGGCGAUGGCACCGAGGUGCUCACUGAUUCAGAUGACACCGAGAUGUUUGAUCACACCGAGGAAGAUCAAGAUCUCGCUAGCCAAGUUUCCAAGGCACCAGUCGCAAUAACACAAGAACCAGAUUCGAAAGUGGCUUCAAAGGAGUCUGUUAACCCCUCUGAACCUCAAUACAAGAGCGCCGUCGAUGAAGUUCUUCCCAAAUCCACCCAAUCAUCAGAGAAGAAAGCAGAGGCCGGUUCUGAUAGCAAGGAGAAGUAACGAGACGAUACCCCAAUUCUUUCGGAGAAGUUUUACUUGGAGUAAACCUUACAUCACCCGCCGAAUUUCUAAGAAACUGAUGAAGAUGGUUAUCUAUUUGCAGCGUAGCUUGGAAUUGACGCUUGCUUGUGCUUGUAUAGCAGAGUCAAAUGCAGCUACUGCGUUUUACCUCCUCUCAGCCGCUUGAAUGAGCUGGUAGGUUUCUGAGGGAGGCAUAAAGUACAGCACUUCCCAGCAUUGCAGCAUUUGGCAUCUCACAGGGGCGGCGGGAUUUCUUCAUUUUCAUUUUCUGUUUACGAUCUCCAUCACGCAGCGAGUUUAUGUCAGAGUCUCUUUUCUUUUGCAUCGCAGUCUUACGAAAACGGAAGGAUGGGUUCUAGAUUAUGGGUAGCAGUUACUUUUACUGAGGACUGCUAAUUGAGAACUAAAGCUUUUCAAAACUUGUGCCAACUUCCAUCGCCUGCAA